UGUUUAAACCAUCCAACCUGCAGUUUAGACUCUGUGUGUUUGCUGACAUCAUCCUGUCCUCGUCCAAUCAGCUGGACUCUGUCCUCUGCUGAUCCUCUUCCUGACCACCUGUUGCAUCUUAGUGACGUUCUGCAGAACUCUGGCAGGAUAAGACUUCAACCGGGACCCAUCAGGACUCCACAGAACCCUGGCAGGAAAAGACCUGGACCUGGACCUGUCAGUGAGCAGCAUCUACGAGGAACCCCAGAGAAACCCCUGAGUGAUGUGAGUCAGCAGGUCUGCCUUCAGGAGGUAAUCCCAUCAGGAUGUCGGUCCGGACCCUGCCCCUGGUCCUCAUUAAUCUGGGAGGAGAAAUGCUUUACAUUCUGGAUCAGCGCCUGCGAGCUCACAGCACGUCUGAGGACGGGUCGGGGACAGCUGCAGGAGUGUGGUCCGAACAUGACAGGAAACGAGUGAUGAACGACGUCGUUGGGACCAUYUUCUCCAAAUCCUUCAUGGAUGAACUUCUGAAGCCGCAGCAGCUGUUCUCCCACAGAACCAUGAAGACUGUGCUGACACGCCUAGCACACGCCUCCAUCAUGAGACUGAACCCCGCCAGCAUGGACAGGGUGGGUCCACAAGAACCAGACCUGGACAGGCUUUAUGACUUGAUGGUCAUGGCUUUCAAAUAUCAGGUUCUCGUUUGUCCUCGACCCAAAGACCUGCUGCUGGUCUCCUACAACCACCUGGACUCCAUCAGACAGUUAGUCCGGGACACUCCGGUGGUCCUGAACCAGGUGGACGAGACCCACAGGAGGAUCAUUGAGGUUUACUCAUCUCUGUCAGAGGGACAACUUCAGCUCCUGAGACAGACUCUGCUGGUCUUCGUUCAGGACCUGCACAUCCGAGUGUCUCUGUUCUUAAAGAACCACAUCCAGAACCCCAACGGGCGCUUCGUCCUGCCCACCUCGGGCCCGGUGCCUCACGGGGUCCAGGUUCCAGGUCUGAUCAGAACCUUUGACCCGAGGAGCAGAGAAGUGAGUCGGACCAAGUUUCAGAGCGGAGCAGGUUUCAGCGGCGCCGUCAGAGAGGGAUCCUUUGAUCUGAGCGGAGACCGCCUCCUCAGGCUGGGCUCCAACAUGUACGCUGCAGAGUAUCCUCAGGAGACACACACGUCUACAAAACCUGGUGUCCAG